UCGUUUACAUUCCAAUACUUCAAUGCAGUGUGAACAUUUAAAAUGAAGAAAUUAACAAUAAUUUUGUCUUUUCUGGUUAUUAGUGUGUUAAGUAAUAGUAAAGUUUUGGCAGGAAAUUUACCGGGACCAAUGGUGUAUGUAGUAACGCCAGCAUCGCGUUCUGCUCAAAACGAUGAAGGAAGAGCGGCACCGUUUUACUAUCGCAACUGGAUACGAAGAAUGGAUUCGGAAACAAGCACCACGACAACGGCAGCUCCGACUACCUCAACAGCUAAAGUAGAAACACCAGACCUUAUAUUUGCUGAAUUUGAAUCGGACGGCAACAUGAAAAAAAGUAUACGGAAACUUUUAGAAAAAGAAAGGGUUGAAACUAAAACUUCAACCACUUUCCAACCUAUUUACGUGCCUGAUGAAGAAUUUCAACCGGUGCCGCAAAAAACUAACUAUGGUCUGCCAUUACCCACAGAAAAGCCAGACCAAAAAGAUAAUGAAGAAAGUAAAUAUUUUGAAAUGUAUAAUAAGUUCUAUAAUAUUGCGCCAACAGUUUACAGUCCAACAACUACUACUUCGACUACUACAACUAGACUUCCAACUACAACUUCGACCCAAGCUACGCCAAGUAACGUUGAAAAUAUUUGGCAUAUAAUUGAUAGUGAAAAAUCAACACAGAAUUUAGGUAAUUGGGAAGAAAUACCAAUUGAAACAAAAGAGGAAGAUAGUCAAAGUGAAACACAACCUCAAAGCAAUACUGAUGAUCAAGAAACUCCACAAGCUAAUAAUGAAGACAGCGAAGACGACGCACUAUUCACAGAUUUCGCAGUACCCGGAUUUUCUGCAAAUCCAGGAAACGGAGCUGAAAAUGAAUCUAGAGGAAUACGCACAGAAUCGAAUUUUCGUUUCCCUUACGUUAACUUAAAACCUUUCCAGAUAAAACCAAUGAAGAAACCCAUGCACAAUGUUUUAUCAAAUAGUAAGAAGAACAAUAAUUUAUUUACUAAUCUAGAUAAUUUCUAUGAUUUGAAAAAUCCCGUUCGAGGUGAGGCGCAGGAUAUUGUGCCACAACAAAAACAGAUCGAUCGUUAUAAUCCAGCUCAACCCUAUUUGCCACAACCCAGUUAUGGUGGUAAUUCCAAAGAGUCUAAUCCUGCCCCCGCGAAAGCUACAGCAAAUCUUGUGCCACCUCCUCCACCUCAGGCGCCGAAGAUAACCGAUAACGAUUUCCCUCCUCCGACAAACUACGAAUCUUUUCCCCCAUACCCUCCUUUGAGCUACAGCCCACCUCAACUGCCGCCCCCGCCACCGCCAGCUCCUGCCCCUAAACCUAUAUCAAGUUACUCUCCGCCGGCUCCUCCCGUUGACACGGGUGAUUCAGAUACAUUCGACUCCCCGCCCGAACCACCUAUGGAACAUGGUGACUCGGAUUCAAUUUAUUCUGCACCCAGUUCUCCCAGUGAUAGUGGCGAUUCUGAUUUACUUAACGGACAUGGGGAUGAUCUUCCCAUGGACCUGGGAUAUCGUUACAAACCACCUUCAGGCCCCUCGCAAUCAUUCGCGCCCACUGCUCCUCCUAUGCCUGCAAUGCCUCCAAUGCCACCGAUGCCGAUGAAACCGUUCGAAGGAUACAACUACAAUAAACCUUUCAUGCCCCCGGAUUCUGACAUGCCGGACGAUGAUACCAAAACUGAUUUCCACGGGUUUUAUGAUGAUAAACCCGAUGAUUUCCAUUAUCACCAUCACCAUCAUCCUACGACAACUACCACUGAAACGCCUCGUGUCAACAGAUACAGUUACUACUAUUUGGGCAAGAAAUUGUAUUACUUGCCGCUUUAUUUUAGCGUAUACUUCAUUGUUUACGUGGGCGCCCUUAUUGUAAAGGCGGUGUUGCGACACAAGAUCGUAUACCCCAACAGCUGGAGACCUAACGAUACAACUGCGGGCUUCUUCUCCAAACGGUCCAUAGAUUCUUGGGACCUUUCAAAUGAAAACUUACAUGAGGUGACUGGAAAAGUAACGCACGCUAUCGCUACUGCAGCUAAAAUUUACAUGAACGGCAAAGAUAAAAAUGAAUAA